UGAGGAGGGGUCUUGGCCAAGGGCUUCCCUGGCAAAGAACCUCCCGGGGUUCGCUAGUCGCUGGCGGCAGGCAGACUCCCCUGACCCGUCAGCUCGGCGGCAAUUUCUGCUCUUGGGAGGAAAAGGGAAAAGGCUGAUUCUCUGCUGCCUGGAGGAUCAUGAAGGACGCUAAGCACAGUGUUCUGAGAGAGGGCUUCCCCAGACUCUUGGUUUCCUGAUGAGUCCUGAGCAGCAGCAUUCUUCUGAGUCCCGCCCAUUUCUGAGCUUCAGCAUCACCACAGUGCUGCCCAGCCUCGAAGAAAAUACUUUCUCAGGUGAGUUUGUGUAACAGAAGCACUGGGACCUGUGGCUACACCCUUCAAGAAUUAACCAAUUAGGAAAUGGAUCAGCCCUGCUUGUUAAGUGAGGAAGAACAUGAUGCAGAAUCACAGAAGAACUUACAAGAAACCCAACAGACAGAUGAUGAAGAUGCUGAACUGAUCUUUGUUGGGGUGGAACAAGUAAAUGAAGAUGAGCUGAUUUUUGUUGGAGUAACUUCAAAUUCCAAACCAAUCAUCUCAAACAUUUUGAACAGAGUCACCCCAGGUUCUUGCUCAAGGAGAAAAAAGUCUAGUCGCCUUAGAAAAAAUACUACUUACCGAUCACAGCCUACAAGUCAUAUGGUCCCUAGAUCAGAAACAGCAUCUCAGUCUGAAUCAAGAUCAACAGAUAGUCCUAUUAUUAUUGAGCCUUUUCCUAUUAUUUUCAAGUCUUUGUCUAAAUCUGAUUAUAUAAACAAUUCACCACAAAUUGUGCCCAUUAGUUCCUCAGAGUUACCUUCUUCUUUGAUUACAUUCACAAAUUCAUGGCAUCAGCCUGUAAGAGCAACACUUUCAGUAGAAGGUGUGAAUGAAAGUCCUUGUGUAGCAAAGCAACAUUCUGCUUCUGAGGUUAGUAGCAUGAACCUCCAAAUGCCUGGGUUCAGUGAUGGACACAUAGGGAGAUAUUCUUCACCUUUGUCUCCUUCAAGUAAUUUUCAUACAGUGAAUCCUCACCAAAUUCCACCCUCAAAUGGUAUUCAUGCCUCAUUAACGCAUCUUCAGAAUGGAGCACCUUUUCCAACAGCUUUUCCAAAAGAUAGUGUUCAUUUCAAGCCUCUGCAUUUAGAUCCUGGUAGGGAUAAUGGAUUGGCCAAAACAGACUUUUCAAACCUUGGAAGUUCAGACAAGACCUCUGAUCCCAAUAAAGGAAAUCUGAUUGUACUACUUAGCGACUUCUAUUAUGGACAGCAUAAAGGAGAUGGGCAGUCAAAACAGAAGACUUACACAACUUUUAAAUGCCUCAGCUGCUUUAAAGUUCUAAAAAAUGUGAAGUUUAUGAAUCAUGUGAAACACCAUUUGGAAUUUGAGAAGCAGUGGAGUGACAGCUGGGAAAACCCCACCACCUGCCAGCACUGCCACUGGCAGUUCCCCACUCCCUUCCAGCUAGAGCGGUUCGUCGACAACGUGCACAGAACCCAGGAGGCACCUACUGUUUGCAAGAUCUGCGAGUUGUCAUUUGAAACUGAUCAGGUUCUCUUGGAGCACAUGAAAGAUGAUCAUAAGCCUGGGGAAUUGCCCUAUGUGUGCCAUGUUUGUAACUACAGGUCCUCCAUCUUCGCUGAUGUGGACACACAUUUUAGAAAGUGCCAUGCAAACACUAAGAAUUUGCUUUGUCCUUUUUGUCUCAAGAUUUUCAAAGCUGGAACACCUUAUAUGUGUCAUUACAGGGGACAUUGGGAAAGGACUGUUCACUGGUGCUCUAAAUGUCGGCUGCAGUUUUUAACAUUCAAAGAGAAAAUGGAGCAUAAGACUCGUUAUCACCAAAUGUUUAAGAAGCCAAAGCAACUGGAAGGAUUGCCUCCUGAGACAAAAGUUGUUAUUCAAGUGUCCCUGGGACCUGUUCAGCCAGGAUCAGAGAAAGUUGCAUCCAUCACUGUGAGCACAGCUGAUUCUGAACCAUCUUCUCCCAGUCCUGAAAGUAAAACUUAAAAAAACAAAACAUGAACUCCAGUUUAGUUACCCAGAAGCAAAUAUUCCUAUCCAAAUAACUCCUUGAGAGGCAAAAAGUACAAAUCA